AUGAUUACUGUGGCAGCUCAGGGAAGUACCUUCAAUGAAGUCGAAGUAAACCUGACAGUUGCUCUAGAAGACUUAGCACUAUACUAUGACGAAAACUGUCUGAAACCCAACCCUACAAAAACACAGGUGUGUGCUUUUGCCUUAGAAACAAUAUUUGAUGUAACUUCCCCCACCUCAUUCAAAUCCCUGGACAGUUGGCGAGAUGAAUUCCUCAUCCAAGCAUCACCCCGAGAGCCCGAAAACUUCCCAUUCGUCCUCCUAGGAAACAAAGUCGACCUCGAGCCGAGGGCGAUCUCGCCAAAGAGGGCGCAACAAUGGUGCCAAUCAAAGAACAACAUCCCCUAUUUCGAGACAUCGGCUAAGGAUGGCUUGAACGUGGAACAGGCCUUUUUGGCCAUUGCCAAAAACGCUCUUGCCCAACAGAACACAACUGUCGAUCUGUAUAACGAAUUCCCCGAUGAGAUUAAGCUCACGAAGGCACAGAAAACCAACACUAACGGUGAUAGCUGCGCUUGCUAAAUUAAUUUAAUUUCUAUAUAUUCUUCGGUAUUUAAGAUGGAACCGACAGAUCACGGCAUAAGUGUUUAGUAUUGGUUAAUGAACUGUCUCAUAACCCAAGAUUUUACUCACUGGUUACUAUCAGUUACAGUUCUUUCCACCAUUGAACUAUAACAGAGAUUAGCCUCUAUUGAACCACAUCUUGUAUUUCGAUUAUAAUAAAAAAAAGCUACUAAUUUUCCAUUUUGUGAUAAUUACUUAUGGCAUUAACUAUCAAUGUACAUAUAAAUUACUACGUGGUGGUAGAAAAUUGGGUGUAAAAAAUAUUUUACUGCAGUUUAUUGCCCGUUGUUAGAUUCUUUUUGAUAUGUGACUAAUUAAUGGAUGUAUGGACUUGAAUCUUGGCUCCUUUAUUUAUUUUCAGUAUAAUAUCUUCCGGGGUGUAUAUUUAACCGAUUGUUCUAUUGAACAAAACUUUCAAUAGGGUUAAAAUCAGCAGUAACUUGGUCCAAAAGUUCUUAUUUUCUGAACAGAGAAAGAGUAAACCAAAAGACUACAAAUGUAUCACUUAAAAUACAACGAAUUUUUGUACUUUAAAACGUACAGUCCAAUCCCUUGUUUGUUGUAAAUUUAGUGUCAUUGAUUAAUAAAAAAAGACUGUAGACUUCAGACUAGUAAAUCAUGAUCAUCCUAUAAAUUAUUAUGAGUUAAAAUGUUGUAGCUGUAUUAUUAUAAAUAUAUGAAACAACAGAAAUAGUGUA